GAAAUGAAUAAACUGAAGCGCCGCGCAUGGACGGAAGAGGAAGAAAUUGUCCUCUUACAACUGUGGGAGGAAAAUGUAAAUGAUUUUCGGAAAUGCAAGCGCAAUGCGCAUAUAUACCAAAAAAUUGCAAAUGAACUUGGUGGAAAAUUUACUGGACAAGAAGUGCACACAAAAAUAAAUAAUCUGCAGCAAAGAUACAGAGCAGAGAAAAAGGAAAUGGGUCCUUCCGGAGGCAGCCGACCAGAAUGGAAGCACUUCGGAAGGAUUCAUAAAAUGAUAGGUUCAAAUGCUGCAAAUAAUAAUGUAGUGGAGGAGUCUUUACUUUUUGACUCCUAUGCUGAAUGCCAUCUACUUGAGAGCCCAGUAGAGAGUCAACUGUCAACAACAUGGAACAUUGACAGAAUAGAGCUCCCUUCACAAGAAAGACCAGUAGCUUCUUCGGUUGAUAGUGAUGAAGCCUCUUGCUCUUCUGCAAGAAAAAGAAAGAAAAAAAAUUACCAAAUAGAGGGGAUAGAGGUAAUGAAGGAGCAAACUGAAGUGUUUAAACAAAUACAUACUGAAAGUAUGUGUAUGUUUAAGGAAGUAGUAAAUGAAUGUAAGCAAACUAACCAGGAACUUUUGCAACUUUUUCGAGAGCAAGGUCAAAGAGAUGACCAGUUUUUACAAUUAUUAGUAUUAGAAUAA